CUUCUAACCCGGAAAUGAAAUCCUGCGGUUAACAGAACUGGGUGGUUAGGUCGCCACGUGGGUGGCAGCAUGGGGGCCCCUACGGGGAAAAUCAAUCGGCCGCGGACGGAGCUGCAGAAAAAGCUUUUCAAAAGGCGACGCACCCUGAGUAAGCAGAAGAGGAAGAAGCACCGAAUCGUGGGGGCCGUGGUGGACGAGGGGCUGAUCACCGUUCACCACCUCAAGAAGCGAUCAUCCAGCGCUCGAGCCAACAUCACCCUCUCCGGAAAGAAGAGGAGGAAACUGUUGAAACAGAUCCGCCAUGCCACGAAAGAGAAGAUGGAGAUGCAGGUUGAUGCUUCUCCCGGACCGAGUAAAACAGCUCAGAGCAGAAAAGAGAAGAAGAAGAAGAAAGAAACCAUAAGCUGUCCAGAUGUAGAAAUGGUGGAAGCAGGAACUGUACCUGAGCCAGAGAGCUGAGAUCUAUCUGUCAAACCCUGAAACCUGGCAGUCCGUGACCUGUUUUGCUGCCUGGAUUUGGCAGGAUUUUGGGACUGUUUGUGGAGGAGCUGAGCACGAAGGUUGCAGAAUGAGAAGUAUCAGAGGGUUUGGCCCAGUAAACUUAAGACGUGUCUAAAUUCCUUUUAAAACACACAGAUUAGAGAGGUCUCCAGCACAAUCUAGAUAUCUGUCUGGUUUCCGGUUUCCUUGACAAACAGGUCUGAAUUCCUCAUAUCCGGAAGCCAGGCCAGCUCUUUAAAGCUUGAAAGGGCCUCCCAGAGUCAGCCCGGUGAGCUUUCUGCCUGUGCAACGUGGACUUUGUGAAUGUUCGAUGUGGGGAGCAGCAGCAGCUCAGCCAGCUUUCCUACAUAAUAAACAUGUGCUGAGAACAA